UAAAAUGCCAAGAGUCCUAGUUUUGUGCUUGUUUUUAUAUACGCUAUGUAGUGUGGCUAGCUCUGGGCUUUCCUAUUAUGCCUGCAACAAAUCGGAUGUGUCUAUAGCACUUUCAAAGAUUAUCAGCGGACUAAAGCCACGACCUAUUUCAAUAAUAAUACUAUUCGGAGCCAAUCAAAAUAAUAACAACUGCGAGGACGAACGAUCUUUUCAUGUGGACGAGUUUGUAAAGCGACUUCAUCGCAUGUAUUAUAAUUCAGUGAUAUUUAACGACCCGGAGAUGUUCUAUCAAUACAUAGAGGCAAAUCUAAUGGGUGCAAUCGAGUGUGUCAGUCUGAUUUUAGAUGAUCCCAAUGAAUUAUUGGAUAGCCUUUACAGCCGACACUUAACCCACCGUUUAAGCCUUUACAUUUUUUAUUGGGGUGCUCACUGGCUUCCAAGGGUUAGUCUUUUAAGAUUUGAGGAGCCUCUUCGUGCGGUUGUAGUAACCCGGCCUCGGAAACACGCUUUUCAUAUAUAUUACAAUCAGGCACAGCCCAGCAAAUUAAACCAUUUGCAGUUAGUCAAUUGGUAUGAUAGUAACAACCUUGGUCUGCAACGGUGUCCACUCCUUCCUUCCGGAGCGUCUGUCUACAGAAAUUUUGACGGUCGCGUUUUUCGUGUCCCUGUUUUUCACUCACCCCCCUGGUUUUGGGUCGCCUAUGGGAACAACAGCGGCAGUUUAAGCGAAGACCUAACAUCUUUUUCAUAUUUAGAUAAUAACGAGUUGCGGGUUACGGGUGGACGCGACCACCGUCUGCUUAAGCUUCUGGCCCAGCAAAUGAAUUUCCAGUUUAAAUAUAUAGAAGCUCCUGGUCGAACACAAGGAUCCUUUAGAUCAGAAGCUUCAAAAGACAGCUUUACGGGUGGCAUCGGACUACUGCAAAGUGGUCUUGCCGAUUUUUUCUUAGGUGAUGUCGGUCUAAGCUCGGAGCGGCUUAAGGCUAUUGAAUACUCGUUUUUUACAUUGGCUGAUUCCGGUGCAUUUGCCACUCAUGCACCUAGACGCCUGAAUGAGGCCCUCGCCAUUUUGCGACCCUUUAAGCCGGAUAUCUGGCCUUAUCUUAUUCUUACGAUCGUCUUUUCUGGUCCCAUAUUCUACUUUAUUAUUUACAUACCUUAUCUGUGGCGACGGCACAAUAUCCCACCGGAUAUAGAGUAUUGUGGCGGACUUCGAAUUUAUUUGGCCUAUAUUAAAGAGAUUACACCCAGUACGGUGCGUAGUCACCAACCGACGAUGCAUUUGCCAGUCGAACUCUUUCAAAAGUGCAUUUGGUUUACAUUGCGGCUAUUCCUGAAACAAUCUUGUCGUGAAUUGUAUAACGGCUAUCGUGCCAAAUUUUUAACAAUUGUGUACUGGGUGUCGGCUACCUAUGUCUUAGCCGAUGUCUACUCCGCCCAACUGACAAGCCAGUUUGCGCGACCCGCCCGCGAGCCCCCAAUCAACACUUUGCAGCGCCUGAAAGAAGCCAUGAUUCAUGAUGGCUACCACCUUUAUGUAGAAAAGGAGAGUAGUUCGUUAGAAAUGCUGGAGAAUGGGACGGAACUUUUUCGACAGCUCUAUGCCCUUAUGCAGCACAAGAUUCCCAACACUCAGUCUGGUUUCUUAAUUGACUCAGUGGAGGCGGGCAUACAGCUAAUAGCCGAUGGCGGCGAGGACAAAGCCGUGCUGGGCGGACGGGAGACACUCUACUUCAACAUGCAAAGCUAUGGAGCUCAAAACUUCCAGCUCAGUCAAAAGCUAUACACUCGCUAUUCAGCGGUUGCAGUACAAAUUGGUUGUCCCUUUUUAGACAGCUUAAACGAAGUUCUCAUGCAUCUAUUUGAAAGUGGAAUUCUAGAUAGGAUAACAACAGCAGAAUAUGCGGCUCAAUCACGAAAAAUGAGCAAUAAAAAUCUGCAUUCUGGGGAGAUAACAGCAGUUGAAAGUACUAAAGUCAGUACUAAUGAGGAAGUUAGGGACUUUCAAAAUCAGCCGGAAAGCAGUGAAAACGAAAUUAUUAUGCCACUGAACUUGCGAUUGCUUCAAGGCGCCUUUAUAGCCCUGGCAGUGGGCUCGUUUGCAGCAGGAUCGAUGCUUCUUUUGGAGAUAAUACUGUGUUACAUGGUUAGGGACCCAAAAUCGGAUGAUUAUUGUACUUACUGGUGUACCUUUUGGCAUAGAAUUCGGAAAUUCUUUAAUAAUAUUUUCAUAAGAAAUAACUAAACGGUAAAAAAAAUGUUUAUUCUUAUGAUGUACAACUA